AAAACAACAACAACAACAACAACACGCACACACACUGGAACGACCGCAUCGCAACGAGCUGAAGCAAGCAAGCAAGGGAAGGAUCAAGGAGGAUGGCUGAUCGACGGAGGAAGGAGAGGGGCCCACCGGGUGGUGGUGCGCCGACGAAGCGGGCAAAGACGCAGGAGAGGAGAAGACAGCAGCAGCAAGGGGAAGGCCUUGACAGCACCACGGUAGUGGUGGAGGAGAUGCUGGUGCAACAGCAGCAAGAAGAAGGAGGAGGCGAGAACACAUGGGACAACAUCAGCCCUGAGGAACGCAGCAACGCUCUGCUGCGGGCGCGCGAGCGGGACACAACCGGCGACGCACACACGCUGGAGAGCGACGAGGAAGAUGAGGAGGAGAAGGAACCAUCCAACAAGUACGAGCUCACAGAAGAAGACAUGCACGAGAAGACCGACGAAGAGUUUCAAAACGGAGGGUACACCAUCACAGGCUUCAACCUGGAAGAAGAGAUGGAGGAAGGGCACUUUGAUGAGCAAGGCGCAUUCCACUUCAAGAAGGAUGAGGAUCAUGCUGGGGAUGCGUGGCUGGAGGGUGUCGAGGUCUACAAGGGCCCGGUGAAGGAAGGCGAGGACGACGAUGGUGAUGAUGAUGGCAAGGAGGCUGACAUCGACCGCUUCAAAGUCAUGGAGGAGAUGCUCACAUACAUGCGCGAACACGAGACCGUCAACGCGGCAAUACGGCGGCUCGAUGCAGAGAGCAAGCCCUCGCGCCAGACAUUCAGGCAGAAGAAGAAGGAAGCAGCGGGCAGCGACACGGCAGGGAGUGCUGGUGGCGACGAAGACAAAGCAAAGGCGGCCCGCGAGAAGGCGGGCAAGGACCUGACGCGGCUGAUUGAGUUGGCGGACCAGCUCAUGCAGGACGGCGUAUUCACCAUCUACGAGGACACGUACGAGAAGCUUGUGCACGAAAUCAAGGAGAAGGACGUCGCCACUUUCGAAUACAAGUGGAGUGAGGACGAGGAUGCGGAGGUGUACGGCCCCUUCACGGCGCAGCAGAUGGCAGACUGGCAGGAGGCCGGCUUCUUCAAGUCAGGCGUGUGGGCUCGCCAGCUCAAGAAGGGCCGCAAUGCCAAGUUCUACCACUCCAGUCGCAUCGACUUUGACCUCUACACAUAACCAACCAUCCAUGUCGAUGUGUGCGUGCGUGUUUGCUCUCUUUCGAAGUUGUCGUUGUGGGAGAGGAAUGAAAACAGACAUACACAAGCAAGUAAGCAAGA